AUGUCACGUUUCUUUGCCACCGGGUCCGACAGCGAGUCCGAGGAUUCCUCGUCGUCUGAUGAGGUCACCCCUAAAGUACCCGGCACUACUUUCACCAAGCAGUCAUUGCUGCUUCGUGACGAUGAGGAAGACACCAAGAGAGUGGUGCGUAGUGCCAAGGACAAGAGGUUCGAGGAGCUAACUAACCUGAUCAAGACGAUCCGCAACGCCAUGAAGAUCCGAGAUAUGUCCAAGUGUCUGGAGGAGUUUGAGCAGCUAUGUCGAGCGUUCCUCAAAAGCAAGACUAUAGUGGACAAGGAAGGGAUGCCUCCUUUCUACAUCCGCCUUCGGUCCGACCUAGAAGACUAUUUAAAUCAGCUUUGGGAGGACAAAGAAGGCAAGAAGAAGAUGAACAAGAACAACGCCAAAGCACUCAGCACCCUGCGGCAGAAGAUCCGCAAGUACAACAGGGACUACGAGACGGAGAUCGCCAGCUACAAGGAGAACCCAAUGGUCUCUGCGGAUGAGGAGGAUGAGAAGGAUGAGGUUGAAUCAGGGGUGUCGUCAGAUAGUGAUGACGAGCCGGGAGACGCCAAGAGCUUCCUGAAGAAGAAACCGGCCGCCGAGGCACUGCCGCCGGACAGCAGCAAGUUCCUGAAGGGAGCAGCGGAUGAGGAGUCUUCCAGCAGUAGUGAUGUGGAUGACGAAGACUGGGACUCAGACACAGCGGAAAGCGGCAGUGGUAGUGAAGACGAAGAGGGCAAUAACGCCAUUGCCAAAAUCUUCCUCAAGAAGUCUGGUAGUGAGGUCGAGCGACACACCAGUGAGAAGAAAAAGGAGGAUAGGAAGAAGAGACACAAGCGGAAGGAGCGUGUGGAGGAAGAGGCAGAGGAAGAGGCCCAAGAGGAGGACGAAGAAGAAUGGGAGAAGGUGAAGGGAGGAGUGCCCCUCGUUAAGAUGUUUGCCAAGGGAACAGAAAUCAACACAACAGUGGUUGUAAAGAAACUCAACGAGAUUCUGCAGGCCCGUGGAAAGAAGGGAACAGACAGAGCUGCCCAGAUCGAGCUUCUCCACGCCCUGGCCAACAUCUCCAAUGAGAACAUUCUGGGCGAGGGCAUCCUGGUCAAGAUCAAGUUUAACAUCAUCGCCUCCCUGUACGACUACAACCCUAACCUGGCCGCCUUCAUGAAGGUUGAUAUGUGGAAGAAGUGUCUAGACUGCAUUGACGAGCUGCUGGACAUCCUCUUUAACAACAACAACAUCUUUAUCGGCGAGAACAUCGCCGAGGACAGCGAGAACCUGGCCGUUACUGACUCACAGCCAUUCAGGGUGCGUGGCUGCAUUCUGACCUUGGUGGAGAGGAUGGACGAGGAGUUCACCAAGAUCAUGCAGAACACUGACCCCCACUCUCAAGAGUACGUGGACAACUUGAAGGACGAGGGGCGUGUGUGCGGCAUCAUCGACCGCCUGCUGGGCUACCUGGAGACCAAGGGCAGCACGGAGGAGGGCUGCCGCAUCUACCUACGCCGCAUCAUGCACACCUACUACAAGUUUGACUACAAGGCUCACCGCCGCGCCCUUGGCCUCCAGGGAGAGACCAAGUCUGAGCAGGAUGCGGAGGAGAGCGAAGGCYAGGACAGUGCCUUCAUCAUGGACCGCCUGUGCAAGUUCAUCUACGCUAAGGACCGCACAGACCGCAUCCGCACAUGUGCCAUCCUGUGCCACAUCUACCACCACGCACUUCACUCGCGCUGGUAUCAAGCCCGUGACCUGAUGCUCAUGAGCCACCUGCAGGAUAAUAUUCAGCACGCUGACCCGCCUGUACAGGUAUGA